AUGACUCAUGUGCACACGUGCCGAAGCUGCUCCACUGGAAAGGGCCGGCGCAUGGCGCUCUACGCGGACCACGCUGCAGCCAGCGCUAUGUGCGACUCGUCUGGAUCAGUGUGGUCCACCGCAGGCCUGCGCAUGCCGCAGUACUCCUUUGAAGACCUUCCGUUGCUGUUAUCGUCCAAGGCCCACCCGGGACCGGUGGUGCACAUCAGCGACAACCCAAUGGACGAGGGAAAGCUCGUAAUUGGAUAUGAGUCGGGGAUCUUGGUCAUGUGGGAUCUGAAAUCAAAGAAGGCUGACUACCGCUACACCUAUGACGAGGCGAUCCACUCGGUUGCCUGGCACCACGAGGGCAAGCAGUUCAUCUGCAGUCACUCAGACGGAACUCUGACCAUAUGGAACGUCCGGGGUCAGGGGAAGCCCAUCCAGACCAUCACACCGCACGGGAAACAGCCUAAGGACGGGAAGAAGCCAGAGCCCUGUAAGCCCAUCCUCAAAGUGGAGUACAAGACCACCAGAGCUGGGGAGCCCUUCAUGAUCCUGUCCGGGGGUCUGUCCUACGACACGGUGGGCCGGCGGCCCUGUCUCACAGUGAUGCACGGGAAGAGUACCGCCGUGCUGGAGAUGGACUACCCCAUCGUCGACUUCCUCACACUCUGUGAGACCCCCUACCCCAAUGAUUUUCAGGACCCCUACGCCGUAGUCGUGCUUCUGGAAAAGGAUUUAGUGGUGAUCGACCUUGCACAAAAUGGUUACCCGAUCUUUGAGAACCCCUACCCCCUGACCAUCCACGAGUCCCCCGUCACCUGCUGUGAAUACUUUGCCGACUGCCCCGUGGAUCUCAUUCCUGCACUUUAUUCAGUCGGCUCGCGGCAGAAACGACAGGGCUACAGCAAAAAGGAGUGGCCUAUUAGUGGUGGAAACUGGGGUCAGGGCACACAGAGCUACCCAGAGAUCAUCAUCACGGGGCAUGCCGACGGAACAGUGAAGUUCUGGGAUGCUUCUGCAAUAAUGCUCCAGGUGCUGUACAAGCUGAAGACGGCCAAGGUGUUCGAGAGGAGCCGGUCCAAGGAGGACAAGGGCAGCAUGGAGUCGGACGAGGACCCCUAUGCCCUCCAGAUCCUGGCCUGGUGUCCUGAGAGCCGGGUGCUGUGCAUGUCGGGCGUGUCCGCCACCGUGCUCAUCUACCGCUUCAGCAAGCUGGAGGUCACCACGGAGACGGUGCAGCUACUGGAGGUGCGCAUGCAGUACGACGUGAACGACAUGGACUCCCCAGAGAUGGGGGGCGGGGACCAGACGCCGGCCCUGGCCACCCCGGGGGCCUCCCCCCAGACCAGCGGACCCCCGUCACACCCCUCCACUAGCAGCAACAACUCUGACGGAGGCAACAUGCCCUGCCUUAAGGUGCGCAGUGCUCCUCUGAAGCAGUCUCCUGGGUACCAGGUGGACCUGGUGGUCCAGCUGGUCUGGGUGAGCGGAGAGCCCCCCCAGCAGAUCACCAGUCUGGCCCUCAACUCCUCCUAUGGCCUUGUGGUGUUUGGCAACAGCAACGGGCUGGCGGUGGUGGACUACGUGCAGAGGUCGGUGCUGCUGAACCUGGGCACCGUGGAGCUGUACGGCUCCAACGACCCCUACCAGAGGCAGCUGCGCUCGCCCCGCAAGGCGCGCCAGCCCUCCGGAGGUCUGUGCGACAUCAACGAGGGAUCGGCAACGUCAGAAGACCGCUGCAAGUCUCCAACCUCAGUGUUGAUGUCAAACAGCAAUCUACAGCAGUUCUACAAUGGCGGUGGUAGAGGAGCAAAGAUGUCACGGAAAUUAAGCUUGCCAACUGAGCUAAAGCCAGACUUGGUCCUCCUGUCCGUAUGUCCGCCGCGGGGCGCCAACCCUCUAGACCACCGGGACAACUCCUUCAGCCGCUCGCGCUCCUCCAGCGUCACCAGCAUCGACAAGGAGUCGCGCGAGUCCAUCUCCUCCUUCCACUUCUGCGACACCUACGUCCGCAAGGGCGACUGCGCCUUGACGCCCUGCCUGUACGUGGGCACCUCCCUCGGCACCGUGCUGGCCGUGGCGCUCACGCUGCCCCCCGCUGGCGAACAGAGGCAACUGCAGCCCGUCAUCGCCUCGCCCAGCGGGAUGCUGGAGCGCGUGAAGGGCAGCAUCAUGCGCAUGGCGUUCCUUGACUCGACGGGCAUGCUAUUGCCCCCGCCCCAUGAGCCCUGGUUCGAGCCCAACUUGACGGCGUCAGACGGCGAGGAGAAGGGCCGCAAGCGGCGUCCGGUGUCGGUGUCGCCGUCGGCCUCGCAGGACCUGAACGAGAGCCAGUACGCCGUGGUGUGCUCGGAGAAGCAGGCCAAGGUGCUGUCGCUGCCGUCGCAGAACUGCGUGCACAAGCACAGCAUCACUGAGGCCUCCUUCAUCCUGCGCGCCGAUGUGGUGCAGAUGAGCAACAGCGUGUGCCUGGCGGUCUUCUGCGCCAACGGACACAUCAUGACCCUCAGUCUGCCCGGCCUGAGGCCCCUGCUGGACGUCAACUACCUGCCCCUGACCGACAUGCGCAUCGCUAGGACCUUCUGCUUCACCAACCUGGGCCAGGCCAUGUACCUCACCUCCCCCACCGAGAUCCAGAGGAUCACCUACAGCCAGGACACCUGCGAGAACCUGCAGGAGAUGUUAGGUGAGCUCUUCACACCCGUGGAGACACCAGAGGCCCCCAACAGAGGCUUCUUUAAAGGGCUCUUUGGAGGCGGCGCACAGUCUCUGGACCGGGAGGAACUAUUCGGAGAGAUUUCGUCCGGGAAGGCCUCCAGGAGCCUGGCCCAGCACAUCCCGGGGCCCGGGGGCCUGGAGGGCAUGAAGGGCGCGGCCUCGGGCAUCGUGGGCGACCUGGCCCGGGCCAGGAUAGCCCUGGACGAGCGAGGACAGAAGCUGGGCGAGCUAGAGGAGAGGACGGCGCUCAUGAUGAACAGCGCCGACGGCUUCUCCAAACACGCCCACGAGAUGAUGCUGAAGUGCAAAGACAAGAAGUGGUACCAGAUCUGAUGUGCCAGAAGAUGGUGGGGGCAGGGGGGAGGAGGGGGGGGGAGCAGAAAACCAUGGACACAACUGUUAUCACCUUCCAUCUGCACCCAACCCCCCACCCCCUAUGUGGGGUGUGGACGUGAGGGUACUCACCUCCAAACUCUUUCUCUUUCUCUGUCUUCCUUUCCCUCUUUCUUUGCUGUAUCUCUCCACCCCAUUCAUAUGACCCUCAACCCUAAAUUCUCAUCUCUCUCACCCCCGGGGGAUUUUGUUUGUCUCUCUCUCUCUCUCUUUCUCGCGCUCUCUCUCUUACACUCUCUCUCUCUCGCUCUCUCUAACCCUUAGCACAACACCCAUUGCAGGCCCCUUGCCUCAUUAUUGGGAUGGGACUGACGAAUGGACAAGACAGAGGAGGUGGAUAAUCCUCAAGAGGAAACAAGCAGUGGAACGAUUUUGUCUUUUCUUUUUCGUGUGAGUAGAUUCGGGGACAUUUGUUCCGCCUUCGUUUUAGAGUUUGCCGAGAUGACCUUGGUUCGGAUGAAUCUCGACCUGGUCCUGUUGCUGGUGUACAUGAACAACAGUUGUUUGUUUUUGUUUGUUUUUUUGGCGGGGGGUGUUCCAAAAAAUACUAAUGACAACUACAACAUUCUGGAAAUGUACCAUGGAGUGAAAAGACUAAUCUAUAUACAUGACUAUAUCUACAUGAAUCUAUAACAUUGCGCAACGCUGUGUCCACGUACAACCGGGUUGGGACAAACGACUGAGAUGGCUUGAGGAAAUGAAGUGAAAAGGAGAGGGGUGAGAAGAAAAGGCCCGCCCUCCCAGCAAGCGCUAUUGGAGACAGGAAAAGGAAGUGAUGUCACAGGGACUACUUCUCAAUACAGGGUGUCGCAGAGAAAGAAGGAAGAUUCGCUCCACUGAAACAUUGGUUAGCUUGUAAUUUUGCUCAAUCCUCUAAGCUCUUGUGUAUCGCAAAGUUUUUCACGUGAUUUUCAUAACAGUUGUAUUCUUUCCCCCAUUACAUGUUGGUUGGUGAUGUC